AUGCUGUGCUCGGCUUGCCAAGAGUUCAUAAACUCUAUAAUGACAAGAGAAGAAAUGUGGCCUAUAUCUCAUCACGAAAGCUGCCGGAGUCUCGAGUGUGCCGUUAAAGCUGGUUGUUAUGCAUGUAAUCGAUUGUGGGCAAUUCUGCCUCAUGACGCGAGAGACUGGAUCCGCGUUGAAGCUUCUAAUUCCCCAGUUGUUCCUCACAGCGCAGGCCUAGAAACUAGCAGUUACCCCGACACAGAUUACCACAAAUGGAUUACCAGUCCGACGGCAAUCACACACGCCUUGCGGGCAUACGAGAAACCUGGACAUGAGGGUGAAGAGUUCUUUCGAAUCACAUAUUCUGAAAGCACCUCUUCGCAGCAGACUUUUGCUCAGGUGGAUUCGUGGUUCCAAGAUUGCAAAAAUAAUCAUGAGAAGUGCAGAGAGGUUGCCACUGAUCCAAAGUGGUACCCAACGCGCCUCAUUGACAUUGGUCCCUUGGAUACAUCGAGUCUUGUCUGCCGCAUUAUUAACACUGGCGAUGAAACUCCUCAUGGCCCCUAUAUGACUUUAAGCCAUUGCUGGGGGAGCAUAAACGGUCUCACUUUGACCAAGAGCAACGCCGCCCAGCUUUUGGAAGGCAUUCUUCCAGAGAGCCUACCACGUCUUUAUCGAGAUGCGGCUUGUUUUGUUCGGAAACUCGGUGUACGUUAUCUCUGGAUAGAUGCUCUCUGCAUCAUUCAAACAGGAGAUGGCUUGGCCGACUGGCGACACGAAUCGACCCUCAUGGAUAAGGUGUAUUCUCACGCAUUCUGCAACUUGUCAGCUCUGUCUGGACUGGAUAGUUCACAUUCCCUAUUUUACAAACGGGACGUCGAUUCUUGCCGACCACCACUUAUUCACUACACUUUCGGAGGUCAGACGAAUCCAAGUUAUCUGGUCGAUGCGAAUUUCUGGGAGGAGGAGGUCAGGCGAGCCCAUGUCAACACGAGGGCAUGGGUAUUUCAAGAGUUCCUUCUUUCUCGACGUGUUGUGUCUUUCGGCGAGCGUCAGGUGUUUUGGAGUUGCCGGUCAGGUCGUGCGGCGGAGAUAUGGCCCCCGGACAUUCCUGUCAAGGAUCCCUACGAAGGUCCGCGUAUCGAGGAUCUUCAGCUUGGCGACAACAGAGCCCGAGGAAAGACGAAAGGCACACUAAAAGCAUACGAGUGCUGGUCCAAAAUCGUAUUCACAUACACUGGCUGCAAGAUCACGUUCCCCAGCGACAGAAUGAUUGCUCUCUCUGCAAUAGCUAAGGAGAUGAUGAAGGUGCUGGGAGAUGAAUACAUCGCAGGCAUGUGGCGUCGCCACCUAGAAUCAGAGCUCCUUUGGAGAGUGCUUACUGUGUCUACUCCUUCUAGCUCGCCGCCUAUCGCCUAUAGGGCUCCCAGUUGGUCUUGGGCCGCCGUAGACGUUCCUGUCGCACCAGGCAGCCUGUAUGAGCCCGACCAUCUGCUCAUCAAGGUGGAGGACUUCCAUAUCGGGUACGUGACUGGCGAAAAAACCGGCCUAAUCUCUGGGGGGUGGCUGCGUUUGUGGGGUAUAUUGAAGCAAAUGAAACUUUACCGUAGCGAAGGGCCGCACAGGAGAGACGAUGACCAUCAUGAACAAGUCUGGAACAUAGUAGUCAACGGGCUCAACCCUAGAGAGGAACAACGCGAGAACCAUGUUGAGUUGGAUAUGUUCCAUGACAAUUUUGACGAGCAGAACGACAAAUCGACAUUGUACUGCAUGCCUGCUAAGUGGCGAGAGGUUCACGUUUUUGACCCUGAAACCAAUGGGUGGACUGAUAGAAUAUGCGAUUACGAGCUUUCUAUGUUGUUGUUCGAAUUGCAGGACAAGGAAAGGUGCCUUUUUCGGCGCCUUGGAAGAGCUCGUUUGUCGACUGGGCCGACAAAGGAAAACGUUCUGAUUCGGCAGGAAGGAGAGAGCGAAUUUCCUUGCGAAGAGUAUCUCGAAGGAAGACACUUGAUCCGUAUAAUCUGA